GAUGGCCCCCGAAGUGAUCCUGGCCAUGGACGAAGGGCAGUACGACGGUAAAGUUGACGUGUGGUCUCUUGGGAUCACCUGCAUUGAAUUAGCGGAACGGAAGCCUCCGUUGUUUAACAUGAACGCCAUGAGUGCCUUAUAUCACAUAGCGCAGAAUGAAUCCCCCCUCCUCCAGUCCAGCGAGUGGUCUGAUUAUUUCCGAAACUUUGUAGAUUCCUGUCUCCAGAAAAUCCCCCAAGACAGACCAACGUCCGAGGAGCUCCUGAAGCACGUCUUUGUGGUUCGAGACCGCCCGGAAACCGUAUUAAUAGACCUAAUACAGAGAACCAAGGACGCCGUGAGAGAGCUGGACAACCUCCAGUACCGCAAAAUGAAGAAGCUCCUCUUCCAGGAGGCCCACAACGGACCAGCAGUGGAAGCCCAGGAGGAGGAAGAG